AAAAAGAACAAAGAUGCGCAACAUUUAUGCGCAUAAAUAAUGUAAUUAGAUCAAAGGUGUCAACAGUAAACUACUAUACGAGCAAAAAGAAAAAGAAAAGAAAUAUCGCUGACUUCUGCAGCACAUACAGUUUUCAUGAUUAAUUGACUAGCUUGUCACGGUACAAAUUCAGGAUGAAUUAUCAAAAGACGUAUAUGAAUCAUAUACACUCCAGUUCUUUGCUGUAUCAGCUGGCCACAAUGUGGAAAACACAGACCUUGUGUGAUGCUAUCAUUCGGACUGGUAGUGUAAUUACAAAAGCUCAUCGUGUUGUCUUGGUUGCUGCUUGUCCAAUGCUUCAAUCCAUGGAAAAUGCAGCAGCUGGUUCACAUUUAGAGGUACGACUUGCUGCAGACAUCAAACAAGAUUCUGUCAACACCUUCCUGCAAUAUCUAUACGAGGGAUUCAUGACACUAAAUGAAGACAAUUAUAAAGACAUUGAGAAAAUUUCUAGACUUCUCCAAGUUGAAAAUGCAAUCAAAUGUUGUGCAGACUUUAUCAAGUGUAUAAGUUCUUCAUCAGCCAAUCAGUAUCGUUACAACUAUCCAGAUCAGCUGGAAUUCAAACAUGUGAGAACAACAGAGCUUCAAAAAGUUCAGGACAGGCACCCAAAGCGCAGCACAGACAGACCCAUGAGUCCAGGCACCAAACGACCAAGAUUUCAAAGACAGUCGAGUCCAAUGUCAGACUCCAGAACUCAUGAUAUGUCUGGGAUGAAAGAGAGUUACACAGUGAAUGAUCCCUGGGACAGGGUGCCUAGGCUGGGAUCACACAGUUCUACCCCCACAUCCGUCCAUGUUCCCAGUCAUCAGCCAGGGGUCAUUGAUAUCAUAGAGGACAGUAUCGAGUUACUACAGACUGAACCUCCUGGAAAACGGCCAGGGGAUGACGGUAGAGAGCUUAGAAAGGUGCAGAGCACAGUGGGGGUGUCAGUAGCUAGCCAGAGAGACGCCCCCGCAGAUGUUCAGAUCGUCAGUGUACCUGGUGCUACAGAUAUUCCUAGUCAAAAAUCAGCUUCAGAAUCUGCCACAUUCAUUCCAAGUUCACCCGCCUCUUCAGAUUCCUCCUCCCUCAAAGAGAGGCCACCUCACUACAGCCAGAGUUUUCAGCCCAAGCCAGAUCUAGAAAAGUCCACUUCAGACCUGCCAGAUCUGAGUUCCGAUGUUGAUGUGUCAGUCCAAAGACCCCGGCCGCCCGACACAGUAGUCGCUUCACCCUCCACUCAGCCAUACCCUGUAGCAAUGACAGCAUCUUCUCGGCCAACACCUCCCAGUUUCCAGCAGAAAUCCUUUGCAGCAGGCAGUGCCAUGCAAGCAGAGUCUAUAUCUCCUAGUACAGUUCAGAGAGGCCCCAAACCACACACUAUCAGCAGGGUGGAAAGCACAGAGAAGUCCUCUCCCAUGGAAAGAUCACAAGACACAGGUUAUCAAGCUCCAAACAGACUGUCACCAGAUAUAAGCAUAGUGAAAGUGGAGAAUGAAGUGGGGGCAGAAGAGACAGGGAUGUUAGACAUGUAUGUGGCUAAUGCAGGGAUGGGUGGGGCCGGCCCCACCCACGGGCAAAAUGAGGAGGAACAGAGCGACUUUGACGUUGAGGAACCCCCAGGAGAUCUACAGAGAGAGGAACUGUCCAACGAAAGCGGCAACAUGAGUAUGGACCAAAGCGGGAACUGGUACAUGGGAAACUUUAGAGAGAAUGUGACAAUAAAUUGUGAGAGCAUUGAACAAGAUAUAGUGCUGAGGGGCCAUCACUUGCCAGGUGUCGUAAACAUUGACGGAGUAUCACAUCGCGCCGUUAAAAUAAGCAGAGAGGAAAUCCCCUGUGGACGAAGGAGGUGUCAUUUUUGUAAAAUAACAAAACGAAAAACGGAACGAGGAUGCAAGAUUGAGACUUACUUCAAAUGUAACGUGUGUCACGUCGCACUGUGCAAUUCUACGACACGGAACUGCUUUAUGGAGUUUCAUAAACAGUUUUAUGGUUCAGUGAAAUAAGUCUUCUUUAAUGUUUUCUGUAUAGACAUUGUGAAUGCCUGUGAUGUUUUGUUUACAUUUGAUGACAUGAAACUGGGUGGUUCAGAUUGAAAGUGUCUUUUAACAGUUAUACUAAUGAAGUACUCUUGAUUACUUAUACUUCUGCUUUGUAUCUUUAUAAUUUUAAUAAAAUGCUUUCAAGAAUGUUUUAAAAAUUACGAUAUUGGUGAGUGAUAGGAGUUAACGCAUUAUCAGGAUUAUGUAAAAGAUAUGCAUGAACUUAAGUCAUUUAUCAACAUUUGUACCAUAACUACGAACACAUUUUGAGAUAAAAAUGGGGAACUGACAACAGAUUUCAGCUCAUAAACUCGUUGUCAUGGACCACUCAAUACGCUAUUAUAAACUUACUCCACAUUAAUGACGGACAGCGUAACGCUUUCUUGAGCGAAGUAGAAAAGAAGCGAUUUGCUGCCAAAAGUGCUUGAAGGGUACAGAAUCUCUUGUUCUUUGUUUUGUGAUGAUGAACACAAAUCUAUAUUGAAAAUAACUGAGGCGAGACUAGUUAGUUCACCUGAGCCAAAGGCCUCAGCCUCCUCGGAUCAUAUGACGGUAUACGGCAUACCAUCACAGAUAAUGUUACAUGGCAUAUACUGUAAUGGGGAAAACAUGACCAUACGUAAUAGACACCUGCAUGUAGUGUAGUUUAGAAGAAAGUACUGUAUAUUGAUAAUGAUGGAGUAACAACUGAUGUAUUUUAAUGGUUUUAUUAACGUAUUGUCUAGUUUUACAUGUAAAUAAAUUUAUUUUCUGUC